AUUAGGUUGAUGCGUACAUGUUUUGACCAAUAGGACAUGGUCAUGUUUUUUGCCCUAACCUCCUAAUUUGUCCUAACCUGGGAUUUCUACUGUCUCUAAGAAGAGUGACAUGUUUUCCAAGUAAAUUGUUUAUAAUUUAUCAUGUGACACAACAUUAACUUGACUCUACAUAGAUGCUGACUCUGUUCUUCACUGCAUGUAGUCUGUAGGUUUAGAUACUACAUCUAAGUUAGUCCAUUAGGUGAACACGCCUUUUUCUCACAUCUAUAAAAAUAAUUUUCUUUUAAGUCUGUGAAGAUUUUCAGUCAUCCAGGUUCUCUUCUCCGUAGUAGUCGUAGAAAUUCUAUUUCAAAGCAGUGCAAAUUGUAGGACUGAAGCUGUUCCAACCACUGAUGAUUCCUUUGUAUUUUCCACUGAAUUUAUAGUGGCCUAAUAUAGAAUGACCCGCCCACCAUGGUCACACACAGAGCUGCCCCCAGCCUCCUGCCCCAUGUGGGUCACAUCUGCCUUAAUAAAGCUGAUAAACUGCAGCCAUCUCCAAACACACCGUGGUGUCCAUCGUGACUCUGCUCUGGCACUCGGACCUGGACAAAGAGGACUAAGAGGUAUUAUUGCUCAACAUGACGGAGAGCUGCGACUGCUCAAAGUGUAAGCAGUCCUUAUACGGGCUGAAGUACAUCCUGAAGGACGAGGAGGCGUACUGCACCAAGUGCUACGAGGAACUGUUCUCUCACAACUGUGAGACGUGCCACAAGCUGAUUGGCUGUACCAGCAAGGAUCUGUCAUAUGACAACCGACACUGGCACAGCGAGUGCUUCCUCUGCAUGGAGUGCAGCCGAUCUCUGGUUGAUCGGCCCUUUGCCACCAAAAAUGAUUUGCUGAUGUGCACUGACUGCUACUGCAACAAGUACUCAGCCAAGUGCAAAGCCUGUCUAAAGACCAUCGUUCCAGGCACUAAAAAGAUGGAGCACAAGGGCAACAGCUGGCAUGAGAACUGUUUCACUUGCAACCGUUGCCAGCAACCUAUCGGCACGAGGAACUUUGUCCAAAAGGAAGGCAACAAUUUCUGCAUGCCCUGCUACGAGAAGCUGUUUGCCUUGCAGUGUGUUCACUGCAAGAAGCCUAUCACCACUGGAGGAGUGAACUACCGUGAGCAGCCCUGGCAUAAGGAGUGCUUCGUCUGCAUUGGCUGCAAGCAGCAGCUGGCGGGACAGCGCUUUACGUCUCGGGAUGACUUCACCUAUUGCCUGGAGUGUUUCUGCAACCUGUUUGCCAAGAAGUGUGCCUCCUGCACCACCCCAAUCAGUGGUCUUGGCGGAAGCAAGUACAUCUCUUUUGAGCAGCGCCAGUGGCACACUAACUGCUUCAACUGCAGGAAGUGCUUUGUGUCCCUGGUUGGCCGAGGUUUUCUGACGAGCAAAGACGACAUUCUGUGCCCUGACUGCGGCAGAGACAUCUGAGAAAUCUCCAAAGAUGAAUGGAGUUCAUUCAGGUCAAAGAAAAACCCAUCGACCCCUGCUUGGUUCUAGCCUUUGGCAUCAUUCAACAUUUAGUAUUUGCAAACAUUUAGCUGUUGUUAUUUCUAUUGAGCACUGAUGAUUCCCUAUCUUAUAUUAAUAAUUUUUCAAAUAAGUGUAUUCCAAUUUUCUUCAUUUGGAAAUUAGUUUCAUAGGAAUAUCUAAAACAAAGACGUUUGUGUUGCAAUAUUGGUAGAUACGUCAGUAUUUCAGAGUAUCCUAAAUUGCUUAAUGAACGACACUGUGAAGAAAUUUAAUCUUAGGAGUUUUUAAUUGCUGCUACUAACAUCCUUUCUUGUUUAUUAAAAUCGAAUUAUGUACAAAUCAAUAAAGUCUCCAUUUGUGGCAUGAAACCGUUGUCUGUGUAUUUACACAAUUGGGUAUAAUUUGCAUUCAUACUUCUCUACUUUGUUUUAUUUAUUCUAACUUCCACAAACUCAAAAUAUUCUUCGAUCUGAUUAUUCCUGAAACAUUUUGAUGGCUUACAAGACCCCUUUUCCAUAGACGAUCUUUGUCAAGCUGUC